AUACUCCUAAGGGAGGCGUGGUCUGCAUUUGCUCUCCAUUAAGUAAAAUUUUGUUGCAAUUACAGUAUUUGAGCCAGUCGUCAAGUCACGUAAAUCGGAGUAUAUUGAAACCAUCUGGAGUGUACACGAAGAUUUAGGGAAACAUAUAUUUAGGGAGAAUUGAUUGCUCUUAGGUCCAAAUCAAGAUGUUCUACACAUGUGGACCCAAUGAAGCCAUGGUGGUGUCAGGCUUUGGUCGUUCCCCUCCUCUAAUGAUCGCUGGAGGUAGAGUGUUUGUCCUCCCCUGUAUUCAACAGAUCCAGAGGAUCACUCUGAACAUCCUGACUCUGAAUGUGAAGAGUGAUAAGGUGUACACCCGUCAUGGAGUGCCCAUCUCUGUCACUGGCAUCGCCCAAGUGAAGAUCCAGGGUCAGAACAAGGAGAUGCUGGCCACGGCUUGUCAGAUGUUCAUGGGGAAGUCUGAGGCUGAGGUCUCCAACAUCGCCCUGGAAACACUGGAGGGGCACCAGAGGGCCAUCAUCGCCCAUCUGACUGUUGAGGAGAUCUACCAGGAUCGUAAGAAGUUCUCUGAGCAGGUGUUCAAGGUGGCCUCCUCUGACCUGGUCAACAUGGGCAUCGGCGUGGUCAGCUACACACUCAAAGACGUUCACGACGACCAGGACUACCUCACCUCCCUGGGUAAAGCUAGGACAGCUCAGGUGCAGAAGGAUGCCAGGAUCGGAGAGGCUCAGUACAAACGAGACGCAGUGAUCCGUGAGGCCCAGGCCAUGCAGGAGAAGGUGUCGGCCCAGUAUCUGAAUGAGAUCGAGAUGGCCAAAGCCCAGAGGGACUACGAGCUGAAGAAGGCCUCCUACGACUACGAGGUUAACACCAAGAAGGCAGAGUCUGAGAUGGCCUAUCAGCUACAGGUGGCGAAGACGAAGCAGCGGAUAGAGGAGGAGACGAUGCAGGUGAAGGUGGUGGAGAGGUCUCAGCAGAUCAUGCUCCAGGAGCAGGAGAUCACCCGCAAGGAGAUGGAGCUGGAGGCCAAGGUGAAGAAGCCUGCAGAGGCAGAGAGAUACCGUCUGGAGAGACUGGCUGAGGCUGAACGUGCACAGCUCAUCAUGGAGGCUGAGGCAGAGGCAGAGUCCAUCAGGAUGAGGGGCGAUGCUGAGGCGUUUGCUCUGGAGGCUAAGGGCCGUGCCGAGGCAGAGCAGAUGGCUAAGAAGGCUGAGGCCUUUAAACAGUACGGGGAGGGAGCCAUGGUGGACAUGCUGCUGGAGAAACUACCACUGAUAGCAGAGGAGAUCAGCAGGCCCCUCUCCAUGGCUCAGAAGGUUACCAUGGUUUCCAGCGGCGGGGGUGAGGUGGGCCCGGCCAAGCUGACCGGAGAGGUUCUGAACAUCAUGACCAGACUACCAGCUGCCGUGGAGAAACUCACUGGAAUCAACAUCUCACAGGUUGGCCUGUCCACCCGAAUGGGCUGAGAUUGGAGCCCAGUGACUGAGACAGUCUGCACCGUCAGACCAGGAACUCCAUACUGCCUCUUGUGCCUAUAAUUACUAUUACCUAGUGUAGUUGUCUGCAUGCCUGUCUGUCUGCAUGCCUGUCUGUCUGCAUGCCUGUCUGCAUGCCUGUCUGUCUGCCUGCCUGUCUGCAUGCCUGCCUGUCUCCUUAGGGCAUGUCUCAACACUCUUAUUCGGCCUCCCCUCUUGCUUCCUGGUCCUUGUUGGCACUGAUCUGAAAACAGAGGAUGGUUCCAAGCUGUAUGUUGUAGGCCUACUGGGGGAGUUAGUGUCUCCUGGUCAUUUAUAACUGUUAGUUCAGCUUGGAUGAAGGAAAGAAAAGCACUUUGGACUAGCAUGACACAGCCUUCGUAGUUCUGGUAGUAACUCGGCCUCCUCCACCAUUCUCUACUCUCUUUCCCCCGUCCGUUAUUCAGUGUGUUUUAAUCCCUGCUUCAAGCCUGCCUUUCUGUCUCCCUCUAUUACAGGUUUGGGUCCAUAUAAACUGUUCCACUGUCACAUAGUUGUGUUUUAGUUGUAAUUCAUAGAAUGUUAUUUCAUUGGGAUGUGGUUGUGUUUGUAAUUCAUAGAAUGUUAUUUCAUUGGGAUGUGGUUGUGUUUGUAAUUCAUAGAAUGUUAUUUCAUUGGGAUGUGGUUGUGUUUGAGAAAUGUUUUCAUUCUCAGUGCCUUUUCAUUGUUCAUAGGAAAUAAUAGUGUGUCAGUAUGAGGUCAUCCAUGUCAUUGUUGGGUUUGUCAGCUGAUUGUUUUGUCAACAUUUGCAGUUGUUCUAGAAGGUUCCCAGCAUUGGGAGCUUGCUUAGUUGCUAUCAAUUGCUUUGCAAAUGAAGAAAUGCUUUUAACUUUCACUGGGGAAAAUGAAGAUAUGUCCACAAUCAGAAUUUCGAUAAUGGUAGUCAUGUUAUUUAUACAUAAACAUGUUUAUCUGCUUGUUGACUUCUGCAUGCUCCGUGCAUGUCUUACAGCAUUCUAGUACCUCUGUCUACCACCUUAUGGACAAAGUCGUUUUCCACUAUGUGCUCCCCUGACAGUAGAUCCUAGAUCAUUCUAUCUACUGAUAUCUCUAAGAUGACACUCUAGAAUGGCCAGUGCCUUGUUUUAAAGUCUAAUUAAUAAUAUCAGUACAAGCCAUAUUACAGUAGAAGCCAAGUUACAUACAAAAAACAGCAUAACCUGCAAGUCUGUGUUUUAAGAUUUGUGGGCUUUUUGCCAUGACUCUUUGUGGGUGAUGAGAUCACAAACUACAUGAUGGGUUGGCACUAAACCUCUUCUAUGUGUUGGUACAAUACUGGCAUAGACACAAUCAAUGGAGUACCGACUCUGAUGGUACCUAAUCUAAUUACCAAAGGAACUACAGAUUCUCUGUUACUAUAGUGUUUAUCCAACAGAUUGUCAUGUACACUAUUCUGGCUUAGUUCCAGUGUGUUUCUAAACCCUAGACUUAUUAGACAGACAGGCCUUAGAUCAGAGCUUCUGCUGUGAUAGAACUGCAUAAAGGUGGAGAUUUUCUGUGAAGUGAUUGGAAGGAAGAGGGAGGGAGCGGACUGGGGUUUUCCUCAAGACUAACCUCAGAGGUCUCUUUGUCUAGGUCAGGUGUACUGUCAGUCACGUGGUGCCUGGUGGAUGUGCUGUUUGAGGUGAAGGUAUGUGUGUAGGAGAGGGGAAUGGAGAAACUAGCCUGGGUGCCAGUCUGUUUCUGCACUCUUGUCAAAUCCUUAUAGAAUUGCCAUGCCAAACAUGUUUCCCUUGACAAUGACAAUGGAACAGGCAAAAACACAAACAGACCUGGGACCAGGCUACAGACGCUACUGUAGUGGACUUCCAUUACGUUGUAUGGCCCAGUGGGGUAUACAGGGACCUUCUAGAGUAGACAAUAUACAUUUGAAUCAGGAGCUAUCCUUUCAUAUGGUAAUAUUAUCAUUAGAGUGGUGUAUUUUUGUUGUGCUAGUCACAUCCCUGUUCGAUCCUUUUGUAGUAUAGGGUUGUUGUAGUUGUUAGGGACUUGUUCUAUACCACUGCUCAGGAUUCUAGAAGCUACUUCUCUCUACCGGAUUGAAUAUUACUCCAAAGCUUACAUGCUAACUGGCUGUCUAUGCAUUUUGUUACCAAGUGCCUGAACUAUCACACCAGGUUAAACAUGAAAAAUCUAGAGGCAUGCUAUGUCCUAAAUUGGUUUGGCCAAUUUCGCCAAACCAAUUCUACUGCUUUCACUUAUAUACACACCUGUAUAUUACAUCAAUGAUUUGUGACUUUUAACCUUUUUCUGUACUGUAGCUGCAGUUAGUUAAAUGUGAUUUCUGUGUUUAUUUCCUUCUAUACUUUGUUGACUUGCCAAAAUAAUCCUGGCCCCCGUGUAGUGUGAACUUAGUAUGCAAGUGCACUAAGUUAUAAAUAUUUGGAAUGAAAUUAUUGUAACAUCAUAUAAACACAAACUCUGAUUUCCUAACGUAAA